AUGGACAUCUCCGCCAAUACUGUCAAAGAGCUCACAAGACACACCAGUGCUUACAAGAUUCCAGUUACCAAUGUUUCUAGGCUGAUAAGUUUGAAUUCUUGUCUUAAAGGGAAAGUUCUACAGGAUUUCACUAGUGAUUAUGGCAACUUGCUUUCCUUCCUCAACACAUCUUUUGAUCUGAUGGCCUUGAUCACUCUAUUUCAGUUUUAUGACCCACAAUUGAGGUGCUUUGCAUUUCAGGAUUAUCAACUCGUUCCAACACUUGAGGAAUAUUCUUACAUCCUCAACAUUCGAAUUACUGAUGUGGUUCCUUUCGUUUGGGUCCCUAAGGUGGUAAGGUUUGAAAAGAUAUUCGAAGCUCUUCAUCUAGGUAUAAAAGAGGUGGAAAGAAAUUGGAAGUCAACUUGUGCUAUUCGCGGUUUCUACCUAUGUUUUCUGAUCAGCAAGGCUGAGGAGUCGGCUAAGAAAAAAUGUUGGGAGGAUUUCUGUCGGUUGCUUGCUAUUAUGAUUUAUGGUAUUGUGUUGUUCCCAUCAGUGGAGAACUUUGUGAGUUUGUCGGCUAUUUGUGUUUUCAUGAACAAAAACCACGUGCCAACAUUGCUUGCAGAUACUUAUUUUGCUAUCCAUUCUAGAAAUGGGAAAGGAGGACAUGUUGGAGGUGGAAUUAUUGUGUGGGAGGAUUGGAACAUCAUUUCCAGUUGCGGUCAAUACUCCAAUGUCCCUCUCAUGGGAACUAGGGAUUGUAUUAAUUACAAUCCUACGCUUGCUUACCGCCUGUUGGAAUUUGCAAUGGAAGGUCCUCCGGAAGAUGCAGAAAUAGUCGAGUUAGUGUAUUUUGCCGAUGGUAAAGAUCCUAUGGAGCUAGAGAAGAUAUCACGCACUUGGACCCGAGUUCAUAAGAGAAAUCAAACCACUCUAAGUAAGAAGGUUCCUAUUGCUAUGGGUCUUUAUAUGGAUUGGGUCAAGGCAAGAGUCAAAGAUUUGUUGUUUCCAUUUGGAAAGUCAGAUCCAUUGUAUGAACAACCUCUUGUUGUCAUGUCUGAUACAGUUUCUGUUGAGUUCUACACUUAA